GUGGCUUUUUGGUGCCUCAUGUGAGCCACGGAGAGCCCCAGCACAAGCUCAGCCCGGCCUCUGCAGCCCCUCACAUCACGGCCUCAUCCCUGCCACGGCACACCUCCAGCAGCAACUGGGGAGGCAGAAGCUGCCAGGAGAAAGCCCAGCUCUGCCCUCCCCACCCUGCCCUGGAGAGUGGUGCAGUCCUGGCCUGGCAGCAUGAGGGUGGCUGGGCACCUGUAGGCGCGGGCUGUUGGGACCCAGCAGGCCCAGCCGGGCACUCGCUCCCAUGGCUGCUGGAGGAGCCUGCGUCCAUUUUUCUCCAUUGAUAACAGCCACAACCAACGUCCCUUUUGCUUUGUGAUGCUGCUGGUAAUACUCGUGGAACUGCUAUGCUAACAGAAUUUCCUUACUGUUGUAACCGGGUCAGUGGGUUAUGCCUUGGAAGCAGAAGGUGAGGAGACACUUUCCUGUCCUUUUUCACAACCAACGUUGUCCUGAGCUGCACCUUUGGGAACCUGAGGGUUAUUUAUUAUAAAGCACUGGAUUCUUGGAAACGAGUAACCAGUCUUCUUUGUAUCUGCAGUAGUGAAAAUAAAUAAGGAUCGUGACUUGCACUUGCAUGAUCAAGAACUGUAGAAGUGCCAGGUUCUAAAAGUAACUUGGUGUCUUUUCACGAAGAUGUUAGAAAUUAUACUUCAGACUUGAGUGAAAUGAAACUUUCAGAUGAAAAAGGAGCUGCUGAGAAAAGAACAAUGACUCUGAUUAAGAAGAACGUCUGUCAUGACUCUGUAUACAUAAACGCAGCUAAGAUUUUUCAAGGCAUUUGUAAUAAAAAGCCAAAGGAUAGAAUGUUAGUGCGGUAUGGUGAUGAGUCAGUAUCUCCCAUGCUGACUCUUAAAGAUGAGUAUUCCCAGCGUUUAUCUUACGAACUAGCUUUCAGUGCUCUGAAAUAUCAAGAUCUCCUUGAAGAAAUGCUGCUAGACAGUCAUGUUUACCCAAGUCAUUCAAUAAAAUAAGGCAAAGUGCCGUGUUCUCUAUUCAGUUGUUCUUCUGUUGCAGCCAGAUGAAUUAACCAGCCUGCUUCUUGUGAUGCUUUAUGACCUGCAAGACAGAGAGUUUGAAGCACGAGUGAUAUCUGAUGAGGAGGAACCUAUAGCAGAAGUUCGGGAAAUCGAGAAUUUUCUAUGCAGGUUUAGGAUCAAAUUGGCAGCUGCACUAGCAAGAUGUCGCAUCAAAUAUGAUGCUCUUUCAAUUGAAUACUUUCUACCAGAAACUAUAAGGAAGCAUGAACAGAGAGCUUCUGCCUUACCUUUAUGUGCUUGGAUAAAUAUAUUGAAGACCAGCCCUCAAGAUGUCUUCAGAGAUUUGAAGAGUACGGGAUUCACUGAAGUUGAAUCUGUGUCAGACUUCAAGGGUUACACUUACUGUUUGGACCAACAUUGCCACAACGUCUUGCUUUUCCCUUCCUCUCUCAAAGAUGAACUGCUUAAUUUAGAUCUUUUUUCAGAUUGCAGACUCUUACUGCAGGACAAGUCUCGCUGCCUCGCUGUACACUCUGUACAGGCGCUGUUGAGUACGGAUGAUGAUGUUAUUCUGGCUCACCUGGGUUCCCACCUCACCGUUGCCCAUAUGGCGGCACUGAGACAUGACAGCACGUCCACGGUUUUUGUUUGUGGUGUAAAAACUUCUGCAAAAGCAGCUGAACUGGGAGACUUGUUCAGUCACAUGGGAUGUAAAAAUAUUCAGUUGUUACAUGAAGACUUCACUGAGAUUGAACCAAAAGAUCCCAGACUUCAAAAUGCAAAAGUUAUUUUGUUGGUACCACAAUGCUCUGGACUGGGUUUUAGUAAUCCUAUAGAUUUUAUUUUGACUGAACAUGGAGAUGCUGGAUUGCUGAAAGACCUUUACCAAGGAUCUGUGUCUAAGGAUAAACUCUGUAUUCUUGCUGAGAGGCAGCUGAAUGAGUUGAUGCAUGCAAUGAAAUUUCAGGUACAAUCUAUUGUUUACUGCACUUCUUCAGUUUACCCAGAAGAGAAUGAAGAAGUAGUGCAAAAAGCACUGGAAUGUGGUGUGAAAGGAAAAAAACUGAAACCAUUCAGACCGAUUCCUCCUGUCUUUGCGGCAUGCCCCAAUCCAGAGUCCUGCACUGAUGCUUUUUUCAAAAUAGAACCAUCAGAAAUUUCCAGCGGCUGUUUUCUGGCUGUUAUAGCAAGAGAGACAGAUUCUUCUGAAAAUGUGUCUGCUAAAGAUAUUUUGUCUCGGGCUGCAGCAAAAGGACUACUAUUAGACAGCAUUCCAGGUAAAGCAAAGGAAGAAGAGAAGCAAGAGAAAGUAACACAACGUGGAAGUGAUACUGCUCAUACUCGCAUAGAGCCAAAAACUGCUGAGGUCCCUCACCCUGAAGCUGUAUCUAACAGGAAAGCUGCAGUUGUAGUAUCCAAAGCUGUAAGCAAAAUAAAAAAGAAGAAUGCCAACCAACCAACCGGUCACAUUCAGCUGAAGAAACCUACCAUCAACCCAGUUUCAGACACAGGUGUUUCUAAAGUGCCGAAGCACACAUCUGUUGUCAAGGUGCAAGGAAAGCAGACACAAGUUAGAAAACCACGUGCAGAACGUAAAAAAUUGGUCGCAGUGAAGCUAGUGGAAAUUGUUUUUCCUCCAGUGAUAUCACCGUACGUACAUCCCCAAGGAAACCAACCCAGGAUGCCAGCUCAUAUCUCUUUGCUUCAGUCCAGACAGAGGAAUAGAAGUUUGAGGGAUAGAGAACCUCCUCCACCUGUGACUAAAGUUGUCAAACCAUCUGUGCUUAGAGAUUCUCAACCAGGGCUGUAAGAAUCUUCAAACUUUCCCCCAGCUUUUUAGAAAAGCCAACAUCGAUAGAUGAGCUUUAGAAGAAGGGAUGUAUUACACCAUUGGCAUAGAGAACUGCAUGUUCUUCGUCAGAUAUCUAUUACGACUUCACUGAAUCAGUGAAAACUUCUGUUCAUGUUUUUAACCAGAGUUGCCUGUUGUACUCAAAGGUAUCACUCACCUGCAGUACACCUCCGUGAGUAACCUACGCUCCUUACCUGGUCCAAUAAAAGGAAAAACUUUGUUGUUGUUUCUGAACAAA